GCCGCCCAGAUGUACAGCAUGAUGAUGGAGACCGACCUGCACUCGCCCGGCGGCGCCCAGGCGCCCACGAACCUCUCGGGCCCGGCCGGGGCGGGCGGGGGCGGUGGUGGGGGCGGGGGCGGCGGCGGCGGCGGGGGCACCAAGGCCAACCAGGAUCGGGUCAAGCGGCCCAUGAAUGCCUUCAUGGUGUGGUCCCGCGGACAGAGGCGCAAGAUGGCCCAGGAGAACCCCAAGAUGCACAACUCGGAAAUCAGCAAGCGCCUGGGGGCCGAGUGGAAGGUCAUGUCCGAGGCCGAGAAGCGGCCGUUCAUCGACGAAGCCAAGCGACUGCGCGCGUUGCACAUGAAGGAGCACCCGGAUUACAAGUACCGGCCGCGCCGUAAGACCAAGACGUUGCUCAAGAAGGACAAGUACUCGCUGGCCGGUGGGCUGCUGGCGGCCGGCGCCGGUGGCGGUGGUGCGGCCGUGGCCAUGGGCGUGGGCGUGGGCGUCGGGGCGGCGGCGGUGGGCCAGCGCCUGGAGAGCCCGGGCGGCGCGGCGGGAGGCGGCUACGCGCACGUCAACGGCUGGGCAAACGGCGCCUACCCCGGCUCGGUAGCCGCGGCGGCCGCGGCCGCAGCCAUGAUGCAGGAGGCACAGCUGGCCUACGGGCAGCACCCAGGCGCGGGAGGCGCGCACCCGCACGCGCACCCGGCGCAUCCGCACCCGCACCAUCCGCACGCGCAUCCUCACAACCCGCAGCCCAUGCACCGCUACGACAUGGGCGCACUGCAGUACAGCCCCAUCUCCAACUCUCAGGGCUACAUGAGCGCGUCGCCUUCGGGCUACGGCGGCAUCCCCUAUGGCGCCGCGGCCGCCGCCGCCGCCGCCGCUGGCGGCGCGCACCAGAACUCGGCUGUGGCGGCCGCGGCGGCUGCAGCGGCAGCAUCCUCGGGUGCCCUAGGCGCCCUCGGCUCGCUGGUUAAGUCAGAGCCCAGCGGCAGUCCGCCGGCCCCCGCGCACUCGCGGGCGCCGUGUCCCGGGGACCUCCGUGAGAUGAUCAGCAUGUAUCUGCCCGCCGGCGAGGGUGGCGACCCGGCGGCGGCAGCGGCGGCCGCGGCCCAAAGCCGGCUGCACUCGCUGCCACAGCACUACCAGGGCGCGGGCGCGGGCGUCAACGGUACGGUGCCCCUGACGCAUAUCUAGCGCCGCGGGGACGCCGGGGACACUGUGGCUCGAGGCCGCCGACCCGGCGGCGAAGAGCGUGAGACCUGGCGCCGGAGCCUUCGGGGCUCGACUUUGUACAAACGUUCUUGUAAAAAGACCGCUCUGGGGAACCCAGCACCAGGUGACGUCUGCCCUCUCUCACCUUUCCCGUGACUCCGAGGCGCUGGCACCAGGCUGGCAUCUUAGACUGAACUUUGGUGUUUUCACGAAACCUUUUGUACAGUAUUUAUCGUCCGCAGAGGAGGCACACAACGUUUUCUCGGCUCGGGAGGACAAAAGACAAAACCCAGCGAGGCGAUGCCAACUUUUGUAUGACUGCCGGCACUGUAACUUUCUCCGGGCUUUGCUUCCCGCCGCCGGCUCUUCUGCCUGAGGCCGAGUGACCUCGAGCUGUUCUCAAUUGUUAUAAAUGUAGUAAGGCAGAUCCAAACAUUUACAAGUUUGUUUUUGUUUCUUGUUUCUUGUUUUUUUUUUUGUUUAUUUGUUUGGGUUUUUUUUUGUAGUUACCGAUCUUUUGGGUUGGCUGGUUCAUUUAUACCGUGAUCCCCUCUCAGACGGUGGAGAUAUAUAUAUUCUGGGUUUUGUAAAACUCUGUAUCCGAGCAUUUCCAUUUUUGUUUUGUUUUGUAUUAUUUCUUGUAAAUGCGUUGUGACAUUUUAUUUUAGGCGUUGCGGUACGGGGGGUGGGGAAGAGGAGUCAGAUGAUGUACAUAGCCUGCAAAUCUUUCAUCUUAAAAAAACAAACAAACCCGAAAAUAAAAAAGAGAGAUCCCCCCAAAAAUACAUCAAAAUUUGAAUCAAUGAGUUUAAGAAAGGAAGGCCCGUUUCUCUAUGAAAUUGAAACGUGCUAAUUUUACAUGCAUGUUAUAUGAGUUAAAAAUACAAUCCGCAAUCUGUUGGAGGAGAAAUUAUCAGUAUGACCCAAGAGUAAGGAAACCCCACCAAGCACCAAGCGGAGGGCAGCUUUUCAGUGGCUUUAUUCAGUGAGAGAGGAGAAAGACAAACUAUGUAGCUUAUUUUGUAGAGUUUAAGGUAAGACAGAAGGGAAGUAACUACAAAAAUUUAGCUGCCACGGUCCUGCCCCCCCCCCCAUUUCUUUGCUGUGUCUCUGCCCUUCACCUCCUGUGGUAGUUUUUGAGGCGGCUUGGUCCUGACUGGAAGGAGAUGGGGCAGUGCUCGAUGGUGGAGCUGGUGGGCAGAGGCCAAGGAUGGGGGACAAAGACCGAGACAGUGUGCCUUUGAUAUCUCUGUAAUUGGGAUUGUAAGUAAAAUUGCCUUCCUUCAGAGGAAGCAGUCCUGACCCAGAACUCCCAACACUGAAGUGUCCCUCACCCAGGUCCUACCCCAACUCCUCCCUCUUCCUCUCUGGAAAAAGGCAACAUGAUUUUUCGAUUUUCUUACACACACACACACACACACACACAGAACCGACCACCCCCUCUCCUGUGUGAAACGGGAUGCAGGUUGCUAGGGAAUGUAAACACAGACGGUGGUGUUUAUUAUCCCUGACCAUGAGGUUGUUUGAUGCUUUAAAGAUUUUUAAUUAUAUUUUUUCUAGGUGUUUAUUGGUACAUUGCAGGGUUUUUUUUCCUGGAAUUUAAAGUUUUCUGUAAAACUUUGUCUUCAAAUAAUCUGACAGCAUUAAACAUUGCAUUUAAAAGUUAUACUGCAGCAAAUAUGUUUUGAAAUUAAUCAUGGCAUUUAGAAUGAAAUUCUAUUUUUGAAGGAAAUUUUCCGUAACUCUGGAGGGAAAUAAUACUAAUUCAGCACCUUCCUAUUUUCUUCUCUCUCUCUCUCUCUCUCUCUCUCUCUCUCUCUCUCUCUCUCUCUCUCUCUCUCUCUCCCCCUCUCUCUCUCACUCUCUUGGACUAGUCAUUCAAAAGUGGACUUACUCUAUCAAUUCAGUAAGACCUUAGCUUGGCCUACAUUGGAGAAUACCUUUGAGUAUAAAUGCUAAUCUUACAAGUGA